AAACGCGUCACUCGCCUCGUGCAAUCUGCCAUUCGCGAACCGCGAACUGAACGCAGUCACGCAGAACCGUGAAGGCUAGAACGCCGGAUUCGUUUCAUCCACGAAGACCUGAAGACCGAAGACGGAGAGAGGACGAAGUCACGAAGUUGGAACGCCGACCAGAUACCGACGCUGCGACGGCUGCGAGCCUGGUAGCCUGCGACGCUUCACGCCUCCCGAAGACCCGACCGGCGCACGGCCCUGCCUUUUCUCAGGCUGCGAUUCCGAAUUCCUAUUCUUUCCAGAAUCCGGCCCCCUCGCCCCCUUCCCUUCAGACAUCACUUCCUGUCUUCCUGAAUCCCGAGUUCCAGAUAAUUGAAUGACGCAAUCCAAGGAUCCUUUUGAAGCUGCUUUUGAGGAGCAAGAGGAAUCACCCCCUGAUUCCCCUACAAGAGCUGUGGAAAAUGAAGCCCAAAAUGAAGCCUCUCUUGCUCUCAAUGAUAAUGGAACAGAUGAUUUUGCUUCCAUUAAUCAUUCUGAAAACCCUUCAACCUCCUUUGCUGCAACAGCUCCCACCGCAGCUGCUAGCAAACCCAAAGAAGAUGAUGAAGAAGAAGAGGAAGAGCACAUGGACAUGCAGCUAGGAAAGUUAUCAUCUACUAGCGACCCAGAUAAAAUGGCCAAGAUGCAAAGCAUUUUGUCACAGUUUACUGAAGAACAAAUGAGUAGGUAUGAAUCUUUUCGAAGAUCAGGGUUUCAGAAGGCUAACAUGAAGCGGCUACUAGUAAGUAUUACAGGAAGUCAGAAAAUUUCUAUACCGAUGACUAUUGUGAUGUCUAGUAUUGCAAAAAUGUUUGUUGGCGAGCUCAUAGAAACAGCUAGAGUGGUGAUGUCCGAGAGGAAUGAUGCUGGACCAAUUAGACCAUGUCACAUUAGAGAAGCAUACAGAAGACUAAAACUUGAGGGGAAGGUUCCAAAAAGAUCAGUCCCACGACUUUUCCGUUAGAGAACAAAUAACAAUCCCAGUUCUUUUGAAUGUCUUUGUAUUCAAGUUUUCUUAGUGUUUUCGAUAGAAGUUUUUUAUAGCUGAACUCGGAGAAGGUUUUCCUUCUGUAUAACAUUCUGCAGUGUUAUACCGAUCCUUAUUUUAUACACACAUCAACUGAUAGCCA